AGCAAGGAUAAGAAAGUGACCGAUUUGAUCAGUUUCUAUUCACUACCAUCAUCAGUGAUGCAUCACCCAUUGUAUAAGUCAAUUCAGGCUGCGUAUUCAUUUUACAAUGUUGCCACAUCGAUUCCUCUCAAACAGCUCAUGAACGAUGCCUUGAUUAUUGCUCGAAAUUGUUUCAUCGAGGCACCAAAGUCGAUCCAUAUUACUGCGAUCAUCGUGGAAAUUUACCAAUAA